ACAUCAGAGUGGAGCCUCCCCUCAUCCCCACAGGUGGUCGCAACUUCUCACUCCAGUCUACCAAUCCGCCGACGACGCUCACUUGGACAUCAGUGCAAGCGGAUUUUGGGCACGGGGGCAGCGAGCCUUCUUUGAUAUACGCAUCUCCAACCCCAUGGCCACAAGCAACCGCACGCAAGCAAAAGCACGAGAAUGACAAGAUAAGAGAAUACGGUGAACGAGUGCGAGAAAUAGAACAAGGCACUUUCACGCCCCUCGUUUUCACGACAUCCGGAGGAAUAGCACCGAGGGCGGUCACUUUUUAUUCAUGCCUGGGUCAGAAACUAUCAGAAAAGAGACAACCAAAGAGUUGCGUCAUGGCAUGGAUACCAUGUCGACUGGCCUUCUCGCUACGCUCGUCGCUACUCUGUCUGAAGGGAACACGUAACAAACCUAUAAAAUAUACUAGUAUUAAGGACUUAGAUAUAGAGCAAACAGUUGUAAAUAGCAGAUUAGAGAGAAAUAUGUAAAUGUAACAUAUGUUCUAUCAAUU